ACAUUUUAUUAAGGCCAGAUAAUCCUUAGGGCAACGUAAACAAUAAACAUUGGGUGAAUUUUUACAGCAAGACCUUUUUUAAACUGCCGUCCAAACGAUACAAAUAAAAACUCAAAUUUGUUUCCGUUUCUGUGCUGAUGCUAGAGAAUUGGUAGAUAUGCCUUCAAAAGAGUGCCGCCUUUGUCUGCGGCAUGAAGAAAAUUGCGUUUCCUUGUUUAAGCAGCGACGCGGUACCAAGCUUGCUGAAAUUGUAAAAUUUUGUGCAAGAAUCGAGAUUUCGGAAGAUGACGGUUUACCGAGUGAUGCAUGUCCGCGAUGCAUUGAUGAAGCACUUAACGCAUAUUUAUUCGUUAACAAAUGUCGCAGAUCUGACGCAGAGCUGCGAACAGCUCAAACAUACUACAGUAAUAAAGAUGAAACACCAAGCAAAACGAUAGAUUAUGACACGAAAGAGAAUGCAAAUCAGGCAUACAAGACAAGUGAAAAUAUUGAAUUUCACUCGAAAUCUAUAAUCGAUCCAUCUAUGCAAUCUACUUUGGUUGAACCAAAUCGAUCGGCUGGAUCCGACGCCUGUGUAACCAAUGAAGUCGAGCCUGUAAUUUUCGAUCCUGCGAUUACAACAAAACCGCACCAUUUAUCGAACGAUGACAUUACCUGCGAGAUAAGAACCGAUGUGAAACUAGAACUAAUGCAGCAUUCGGAUGAAGAAGACGACGGUUUUUUCGUUGAAUACUUGGACGAUGAUUUCAGAACAGAUGUACUGGGAGAUGAAAGCAUAAGCGAAGACCAUCUACUGGAAUUCAAUCAGGAUAAACAAGCAAUUGAGCCUUCAGCUUCUACGAUUAACACCGAACUAAAGAAGGUUUUUAUUUGUUGUGGAACUCGUUGCAGAGCCGUCAUGGACACCGAACAACAACUAGCCGAUCACACAGUUCAAGUACAUCUACCCCAUCGAGAGUCAACCUGCCAGGCAAAACCCUUCGAAUGUAACCGGUGCUACGCGCGAUUCCAGUCAGAAAAGAGUUUAUCAUUACACACGAGAAAAUCCUCACAUUGCCCAGUUUGUCUAGCAGUAUGUUUCUCCCAAAGCGAAAAACGGUUACACAUGCACCAGGUUCACGGUCAUAUAAGCUCAACCAAGAUGGUAAAAACAUCGGAAAAAAUUUGCUGCGGCUGUUACAAAUCAUUCGCCAACGAGGCAGAUCUUCGUGCACAUAGUCUAGAACAACAUGAAAUCCGCAAGAAUGCAGUAGAUGAAUCCCGUCCCCUGCAGUGUGACAUAUGUUUCAAACUGUUUAGAACACUGGAAAGCCUUCGCAUCCAUCAGCGUUUUGUGUACAGACCGAAAAAUUUCGUUUGUUCGACGUGCAACAGAGCCUUCGAUACACGUUCUAAAUUAGUAAAUCAUUCAUUAGUGCACUCAGAGCAACGCAGCUAUCAGUGCGAUAAAUGUGACAAAGCUUUCAAAAAGGCAGUCGAUCUUAAAAGUCACCAGUUGUUGCACAACGAAAAGCAAGAAGAAUGUACAAUUUGUGGACUUCGGUUCCAUCGAAAAUCCAAUCUGAAAAUGCACAUGCGAAAACAUAAAAAUACUUUCUUCUACGCAUGUCCCGAUUGUCCAAAACAGUUCAAGAACAAUUCGCACCUCAAAGAACAUUACAAGGUGCAUACCAAGCAAAAACCAUAUAAUUGCCGUUUCUGUGAGCGAAGGUUUGCCUACUGUAGCGAUCGAAAACGGCACGAAAUGACUCACACUGGAGACUACCCAUUCGAAUGCCAGUGCUUGAAAAAGUUUGCCCGCAAAACAACUUACGAUAAGCAUGUUUCGGUUUGUCUCGAACGAGCGGAAAACAGCAUGUAAGGUUUCUCAGUACACCAAAUGAAUUACGUGACUUUGUACAAAUGAUAGCAAUAAUUUACGGCGAUUUAAAAUAUAAUAAAUUGUUUUAGGUACUCAACAGGCCA